AUGGGGAGCCUGUGUUUGCAGAAGCUAUCAGCGGUAGAACGUCUCUUCGCUCUCGAGAGUUUCGAGCUUCCGGAGGUACCAUGCUCUCUCUCUUUCCACAGGCACCCCGAGUACAAGUCAAUCACCAGGGAAGCAAACGAGUGGGCAUUCAAAUGCACGAGGAGGGAUUUGAGUCCGGAGGAGAAGAAAUCCCUGCUCCAGUGGAAGGUUCCAAUGGUGACAUGCCUUUCCACGGCUCACGCUCCGAAAGAGAAUAUGGUGGCGUCGGCCAAGUUUGCUUGGGCCAUUGCCUUCCUGGACGACCCGAUUGAUGACAACGAGGUCGCCGCAACGUCGUAUCUCGACACUGUUCUUAGCCUCUGCAAUGGAACCGCAUCGCUUGCGGAAGUUCCAGACAUUGUUGCGUAUCGAGCUUGCCACGAUCUGAUGAAGGAUUUGAGGUCUCUGUUGCAGCCGGAGCUCUUCAAGCGCACAGUUUCCACUGUCGAGGGUUGGGCGAGAAGCAUCUCGAGUGACGACUUGAAGCAGGACUACAAGCUCUACAGGAGGAACAACAUCUUCAUUCUGCCACUGUUCUACACACUCAUUGGCGCUUCCUUUGAAGAUGAGGAUGUCGAGUCCCCGGAUUUCGUCAGUGCUCAGAACGCUAUGCUUGAUCAUAUAUGGAUGGUGAACGAUAUCUUCUCGUUUCGCAAUGAGUUCUACAAGAAGAAGUUGAACAACCUGCCGGCUGUGCUGCUGCUCACCGAUCCGAGCGUGCAGACGUUUCAGGAAGCAGUGAACGCUACAUGCAGGAUGAUCCAGGACAAGGAAGAAGAAUUCAUCUAUUACCGCAACAUCCUUGCCGCGAACGCGUCCCGGAAUGGGAAGGACUUCUUGAAGUUCCUGGAUGUUCUCUCCUGCGCAAUCCCGGCGAAUCUGGCGUUCCACUAUGCGAGCAGCCGCUACCACGGCAUGGAUAACCCUCUUCUGGCCGGGGGCACGUUUCAUGGGACCUGGAUUCUGGAUCCAAAGCGCACCAUCAUCGUUUCGGACCCGAACAGAACGAGCGGCAUCUUGACGAAGAGCUUCUUGUCUUCAAGUUGGGAGCUUUUCGAGGCCCCCGUGAUCAAGGACCAUGAUCUUCUUCCUGCGCUAGCUAGGCCACGAGCUUGUUGCAUAUAUCCAGCUCAUGACCAUCGGUGUCCAAGUGAUGGCACGAAAAAAGAGGUCCCUUGCAUCUUUGAGAUCCGUGCUUCACGUACGCGCUGA